AUGCCAUGUCUAAUAAAACGUCAAAAACUCUUAAAAAAGGCUUGUAAAGCAAAUCUAUUUGCUCUGUCUCUAACUAUUCAUCUCAAUAUUGCAAGAAAUUAUUUAAAAGAACUUGGAUAUACAUAUGCUAAGGUGAAGAAGGGAAUAUAUAUAGAUGGACAUGAAAAGGAAGAUGUAGUAGCAUAUUGA